AUGCAGAAGACGGUGAGAAUACACGAAAGUCAAUUGUUGUAUCUGUCAUCGAAAUGUCGACAGGAGAACACCAUUUCUGGAUACCUCUAUAAAAAGAGCUCGGACACAAGCAAAUGGCAGCUGCGCUGGUUCUCCUUGUACCAGAAUUUGUUGUUUUACUUUGAGAACGACGCGUCGACCCGGCCGUCAGGCGUCGCUCUGUUGGAGGGUUGUUACUGCGACAGGAGUCUUACGCCAAGUUCUCAUGCCAAGAGCAAAGAUGACAAACUGUACUGCUUCACGAUCACAUACAAGAGUGAGAACCAACGUCAGUAUGAUCUCAAAGCCGAGACUGAGGCAGAGUGUGCAGCCUGGAUUGAUGCCAUCAAACGGGCAAGUUACAACAAGCUCGUUGAGCAAAAGGAAGAGCUGGAACAGAAGCACUUGCAUUUGUUGCAAAUCUUGGACAGUGAGCGUCAGGCGAAAUGGCAUUAUGUACAGCAGACGGAAGAGAUGACCUUCGAGGUGAAGAGGCUCAAAGCGGAGCUACAGAGAUUUACUAAAGACAGACGCUUAUCAAAUCACCGGAUGGAUGAUGAAAGUGAUGAACUUCGCAAAAUUAAAAAAGUAAGUGAUGUCCAGAGUUUUUUUCGUGGUUGGCUGUGUCGUCGCCGAUGGAAACAGAUUGUGGAACUUUACAUUCGGUCACCUCAUGCAGAAAGCAUGAGAAAACGGAACAGCAUUGUGUUCAGUAUGGUUGAGUGUGAGGAGGAGUAUAACCGACAGUUGUCUGCCCUUGUCACUUGCUUCCUCAGGCCUCUUCGCAUGGCAGCUAGCUCAAAAAAGCCCCCCAUCACUCAUGAGGAUGUCAACUCUAUUUUUCUCAAUAGUGAAACCUUACUGUUUUUACAUCAGAUAUUUCUGAAGGGGCUUACUGCCAGGCUGGAGAACUGGCCCACUUUAGUAUUAGGGGACCUCUUUGACAUGUUAUUGCCUAUGCUGUGUAUAUACCAGGAGUAUGUGCGUAACCACCACUACAGCCUGCAGGUGCUUGCUGAGUAUAAGCAGAAGGCCGAGUUUAACAGUUUGCUCAAGCGCUACGAGGAAAAGCCUGUGUGUGAGGGACGCACACUGGACACCUUCCUAACUUAUCCUAUGCAUCAAGUACCUCGUUACAUUAUCACUCUUCACGAGUUGUUAGCUCACACGCCACAUGACCACGUAGAGCGAGAGAGCCUGGAGUAUGCUCAGAGUAAACUGGAAGAGCUCUCUAGAAUCAUGCACGAUGAAGUCAGUGAGACAGAAAACAUAAGAAAAAACUUGUCAAUAGAGCGGAUGAUUGUGGAAGGCUGUGACAUCCUGUUAGAUGUUACACAGACCUUUGUCAGACAGGGGCCCCUCGUCCAGCCUAAAGUCAGCCGCGGGCGCCUCGGCUCUAUUAGUUCCUCGUUCAAGGAUCAGAAGAAAGAAUCUGUUCGUCAGGUGUUUCUCUUCACCAAUCAUAUGCUCCUUACGACUAGGACCUCCAAUGGCAAGCUUCAUUUGGCAAAGCACCUUGGGAAAAUCCCUCUGAUAGACUGCACCUUGGUUGAAGACCCAAGUUCAGAUCCAUUCAACUUCGACGACGACAACGUGUCUGUAGACUCCACCCUCAGUAUUCAGUCGUGUGAACGAGAGAGGACGGACUACAAUGGUCUGGAUUUCCGGUUGAUUGUAGACACCAAAAGUGGGCCUCCUGUCGUCAUCAUCCUGGUAGCUUCCACGCAGCAGGAAAAAGCCGCCUGGUGCAGUGAUAUCAGUCAGUGUAUUGAGAAUCUACACUACAGCGACCUGUUAAACAGCUCCAUGAGCGAGUCCUCCUCAGUCACGAUGCCCCAGUCGGUCAGGUCCUUCAUCUUUAAUCCUCAGUUUUGGUCUGAUCCUAAACUGUUCCGGGAUGAUGUGGACAUCAAGUUCAGUCGCACUCUCAACUCCUGUAAAGUGCCUCAGAUACGGCAUGCCAGCGUAGACCGUUUGCUGGACAGGCUGACCGACCUGCGAUUCCUCAGCAUUGACUUCCUGAACACAUUCCUGCUCACCUACCGUGUGUUUACCACGGGUAAAACUGUCCUGGAGGCCCUCAAGAGGGUGUACCGCAACCCCGAGUAUGGCAACCUUGAGGGCAGCUCGAACUCUGUCCUUGUCAUGUCGAUGGCGGCUGAUGAACGUGUGAUGUUUGAAGGGAUCGCCAGCCCCCCACCCUCCCGAUUAGAUUUCCCACCCACUCCUAGUCACCUGACCAAACCCCAGGCGGAGAAGUCGCGUCGAAUCAGCACGGGGAGCAUGAGGAUUGAUGUGUCGCCUGCGGAAACACGAACUGUCACAUUUGACACGACAACACUCAGGAAAAAAGUUGAGCGAGCGGACUCGACUGACAGCGAGGAGAGUCAGACAGAGUUGCAGUCAUACCUGACCCCACCACGCCCCAAGAUUGCGCCCAUCGCCCGCUGUGAGACGCUCAACGACACCGAGCUGCCUCUUAUCACCACGGAUGAUUCCUCCUCGUCGGGUGUGGUCAUCUCAGACCAUGACCCAGGCGAGUCCUCGACAGACACUUGUGACAGUAGUGACUUUGAGAAUCGCCUCCUCCCACCCCCGUGUACCUCAAUGCUGGCCUCCUCGUCCGAAACGCUGACCGGGGCGCUCAGUUCAGCCAUCAGUUCUGAUACUCUCACCCCUGGGACGCCUGCGCGCAGCCCUAUUGUGUCCCCGCUGGGUAGCCCCAAAAAGACUUGUGGCUCCUGGGGACUGCCCUCUAGCCCAUGGAAAUCCCACACAGGCAUUUUAAAAUCGGGGAGUACAAGUCUGGAAGCCUUGGCAUUGUCACCCAGCAGUUCCCCGAAGCGGAGCUCAAAGGGACACAUUUCCCCAAUCCGCAUCACGUCUGCUAACAGGACUAGCUCCCCUGGCCGUACCCCGUCCCCUGGGAGAGUGUCCCCGGGGCGGAGGUCAUCCCCCUCAAGGUCACCGGUCAAAUCUCCUACAGCCAGUCCAAAGUUAAAACGAGCAUCGUCACCAAUAAUAAAGUACAGUCUUUCCUCACCAAACAUGGUGGGACCACAACUUAACAUGAGACUAGCCUCCAGCAAACGUGGUAGCGCAGAGGCGGAGUCUAUCAGUACAACGACGCGCAGUAGUUUUGCGCAGGUGGAGGGUUCUCCUCCCCGGGCUAAGGCGGGUACCGUGGUAACGUCAUCUCGAGCGUCCACACGCAGGUCCAGUUCGUCAGCGGCAACCGUGGCAUUUGCGGCGGCGACCGCAGGCUCGGGGAACCCCACUGUCCAUCCAAAGGGUGUCAACAGGUUUCUCAGUGCCGGAUCUGCGGAAACCCGCCCCCAAGUGAAGAAGCGCGAGUCUGUGAUUAGUACUGCUGCUACAAUGAGGGUCUUGAACGUGCUGAAACAUUGGGUUUCUAAACACUCACAGGAUUUUGAGUGUGACCCCGAGCUGAAGGCGGCUGUGACGGACCUCCUGGAGGAGAUGGUGUGUAACUCCAGCCUUCUCCCUGCAGAGCACAAGGCCUCUGUGGCCAUCCUCAGGCAGGUCAAUAAAGUGGAUCCCGAUGCCAAACGGGUGGACCUGGAAAAGUUACUGCUUCCUCCUGCUGCAUCAUCAAAGGAUACAUUUGACACAUUAUCAGCUCUGGACAUUGCUGAACAACUGACAUAUCUUGAUCAUCAAAUUUUUGUGGCUAUUCGAAGCGAAGAGCUGUUGUGCCAGGCAUGGAUGAAGCCUAACAAGUCCUCGAAGGCAACGCAUGUGUUACUCGUUAGUAAGCGAUUUAACGAGGUCAGUCGAUUGGUUGUGUCGGAGAUCGUGGGCAGAGGAAAUCAACAGGAUCGGGUUUCGUGCAUCGAGAAGUGGGCUGCCAUUGCGGACAUUUGCCGCUGUAUGCACAACUACAAUGGGGUGCUUCAGAUAUGUGCUGCCUUCGUCAACAGUUCUGUGUACAGGUUGAAGAAAACCUGGGAAAAGUUAUCCAAACAGACCAAACAAAUGAUAGAAAGACUCCAGACGCUAGUAUCAUCCGACGGCAGGUUUAAGAACAUGAGGGAAGCUCUGCAUAGGUGUGACCCUCCUUGUAUACCCUACCUAGGCAUGUACCUGACUGACCUCUCAUUUAUCGAAGAGGGCACGCCCAAUUUCACGGAGGAUGGACUUGUUAACUUCUCUAAAAUGAGAAUGAUUGCCCAUGUGAUUAGAGAGAUCAGGCUGUUCCAACAGACUCCCUACAGAAUAGAGCAUCAUGCAAGGAUAACAAACUACUUGCUGGACCCCCGCCGUCUGUUGGACGAGGAACAGACGUAUAAGGCCUCUCUUGGAAUUGAACCCAAACAGUCACGGCUCUCCGUGGUACCAACGCCGUGAGCAGGACAUCGACGCUCCGCA